CAACGCUCUACCGCUAGAGAAGUUUCCCAUGCUGCUCAGCUGCGGGUCUUUCAAACAUGGAGGAGAGAGAAAAAGCAACAACAAGGCGAAUUAGGGAAGAACCCAAAGCAGAAGCAAGCGGCGCUGCAACUGGAACGGGGAGACAAGAAGAUUUGGAGGAAGAAGCGGACAGUGAUGCUGACAGUCAGAGGGCCAGAUUGGAUGUCAGUUCUGAUCAGUUUGACCCCCUGUUGGCUCUUUACUCCCACGAUAUUCCUUUGCCGUAUCCCAAUGUGAAAUGUUUUAAUAACUUGGCAGAGUACGAGAGCUUUUUAAAAGGCGGACGGGGGAGAGCUAAACCUGAGAAUGUAGAGAAGAAAAACAAAAAGUCGAAGAAGGGCGUCCCGGAUCCAGAGAGGAUCGAACGUUUGAAAAAGCUUAUGGUUAAUAAUCCUGCGAAUGAAGAAGAGGGGGGCAGCGGUAAGAGGCUUCAUCGCAGGGCAAAGGCACCCAAAAAUGUUCUCACCCGGAUGCCGCUUCACGCUGGUAGUCCCCUGGGAGAGUUGCAUCGCUGCGUUAAAGAAAGGCUUAAGAUCAAAGUGCACAUUCGCACGUUUAAAGGACUGCGCGGGGUGUGCUCGGGAUUCCUGGUCGCGUUUGACAAGUUCUGGAACAUGGCCCUUGUGGAUGUGGAUGAGACUUACCGGAAACCAGUGCUGGGGAAAGCUUUCUACCACGAACCUGCGCUGACCAUCACAAGGCUUUUUGACAGACUAAAGCUGCAGGAAUCUGAAUCGCCCGAGUUUAAGAAGCCCGAUAAGACCCUAACAAAGGAGACGGACGCUUCACAAGGGGUGAGGAAGGAAGACAAACCGGGGAUGGAGCUGCGGAGAUCGCCUAGAAAGUCUUCCUCUUACCCCAAAGGGCAAACCGACACAAAGCCUGCAGAGAAAAGGGCUGCUGAAGCUGGGGAGCAAAGGGAGACUCAGAAGGGAGCGAGCACGGAAAGUGACACAAGAAAAGAAAAGAAGGCAAAAGACAAGCCCACAACAGAUUACCAGCAGGUGCACAGCAGACAUGUGAACCAGCUCUUUAUAAGGGGAGAGAAUGUGCUGCUUGUUAAUCUAGUGGAAUAAAUACUAAAGGCUAUGUACAUAUUAUGUAACUGAGGGCGUGGCAAGUCUGAACCUUCCUUACCAGGUCUUUGUUCUUAAUUGAGCAAAUUAAACCCCAAUCCAGGUCGUGCAGCCUUGUGUAGAAUAGCCCUCCCAGAUCGGAGUUGCUAAUGGCUGAUUUUCCUCUAUCAACUGGCUGCAGGUAUUGAAACAUGGGUGUCCUUCUCCUAUAUAAGUUGUCAGAGUUUCUGUAUACAGAUUGACCCAGAGAGCUCUCUGGUGGUAAACAGCCUACUACUAGUAUAGUACUUCAUCACAAAUCAAGCGCCUGGCAAUUUGAGAAUAAUGUAGUUGGAGUUUUUGAUAUCGCUACAAAGUCAAAAAUAUCAAUCACUCUUUUUAGUUCAUGCUAGUAGCGCUCCAGAUAAGGUUUGGGGUCUGUAAUUUUAAAAUGUAUUUUCAGGGGGUAAAAUGCAGCAUUACCUUGGUCAUAAGUAACCUUGAUAAAUACUGAACACUCUGUAAUGGUAAUGGGGGUAGGCAUUAAAAAAGAUCCUUCCAUAUUAACUGCAAUGCUACUCUGAAGUCCUGUGCAACCACCCAUGUGUUCCUCAAGGUUUUUAUCGGUCAGCACAUUUUUUUCGAGGUAUCGCACUGACUCUGCAAAUUAAUUGUUACUUUUAUUUUAACACUUCUGAACGUGUUAAAACUUCAGUAUAACCCCAUACAGAUAAAUGAAAUAAGGAAAUGCAUUAAUAUGUUAUAAAACAGUAAGUUUAUAGGAACUUUUUAUUAGCGGUUGCCUCUGACAAUUGUUCCAGCUGGAUUUGUAGCUGGACUUGGGUGUUUACGCUUCGACCUGUGUUGCUUUGAAUUCUUCUUUUUCUUACUGUGAUUGGCUACAAAGACAACAGGGCUAGACUUGAGAUUGGAUAAUGUUUGUUGGGCUGGUUUUUCAUGUGCAUAGUUUCCUAGUAACUGAAGACAUUAUAUUCUAGGAGAUGUAGUUAGUGAAAGUUUUAGGGGAGGCGGGAGGGGAGGCAGACAUCCCGGUCCUGCAUGUUUUAUUAAGUGUCUUUACAUCAUAAGUGACUAAAGAUCUGGAAUAACUGGUUCAAUUAAGUAAUUGAGAAAUUGGUUGGAAGGAAAACCAGAGGACCCCGUGGCUCUCAAGGACCAGGGUUAGAGACCCCUUCAAUAGAGGAUAUCAAAUGACUAUAAGGUAAUACUUUAGAUCGGUGGUUCUUAAUCCUGGUCCUGGUGGACCACUGCCCUGCUGGUUUUUGUUCCAACCAAGUGCUCGUUUACAUAAUUGAACCCUUAAUUUGUCUAAUCUGAGCUUUUUAAUUAUUUUAAACAUGGAGGUUUCACUUUAGGUAUACAAUUGUAUAAUUAAAACUUUUUAUAAGCUGCUCUAUUUAAAAAGUCAAAUUAAGCUAAUUAUUAGUUCAGUUAAGG